GCGAUGUCCGCCGACACAAGCCCGCAGCAGGAGCCCGAGUACCACUACGACUGCGUCGUCGUCGGCUCAGGCCACGCCGGCAGCUGCGCCGCGCUCUCCGCCCGCGACGCAGGUUGUGCGCGUGUACUCAUCGUCGACAAGUGCCCCCCGGAAUGGGUCGGGGGCAACGGCUUCUUCACCGCGGGCGCGCAUCGCACCACCCACGACGGCGUGCGGGACCUGCUCCCGGUCGUCCAGAAUGUGUCCGCGGAGGCGGCGAAGAACAUCGACAUGGACCCGUACACGGCGGAGGACUUCACACGCGAUAUCAUGCGCCUGGGCGACGGGCGGUCCGACCCGCAGGUGGUGAAGGCGGUUGUGGACGGUUCGCGCGGCGCGGUGCAGUGGCUUGCCGAACGCGCCAAGGUCCCGUUCAUACUUUCGUUUAACCGCCAGGCGUACCUGGUCAACGGGCGUCAUGUUUUCUGGGGAGGCCUGGUGCUGAGCGUCGUAGACGGCGGGAAGGGCCUCAUCGCGGCUCACCGUGCAGCUCUGCAGGAGGCCGGCGUAGAGACGUGGUUCAACACCGCGGCGACGGAAUUACUUGUCGAAGACGGCGCCAUCACAGGUGUAAUCGUCAAAAAGGAAGGCGCGACCCUGAAACUGCGCGCACCUGCUGUCAUAUUGGCGUGUGGAGGUUUCGAGGCAAACAAGGACCUACGCGGAAAAAACCUCGGCGUGGAGUGGGAGCGUGCUAAGGUACGCGGCACCCCGUACAACACCGGCGACGGUCUCGCCCUCGCACAACGCGUCGGCGCCCGCCUCAUCGGCGACUUCGCGGGCUGCCACUCGACGUGCUGGGACGCAAACGCGCCCGCGGACCGCGGCGACCGCGUGCUCAGCAACCAGUUCACGAAGUCCGGGUACCCGCUGGGCCUGAUGCUGAACGCGGCCGGGGCGCGAUUUGUGGACGAGGGCGCGGACUUCCGCAACUACACGUACGCGAAGUUCGGGCGCGCGAUCCUUGCGCAGCCGGGCGGCGUCGCGUUCCAGCUGUGGGACGCGGAGGUGGCGGGGUGGCUGAGGAAGGAGGAGUAUGCGGACGACGUGGUGGAGCGGAUUACGGCGGAUAGUAUCGAGGCGCUCGCAGAGAAGCUCGGCGGGAAGGGGUUGGAGGAUAAGAAGGCGUUCGUGCGGACGGUCGCGAAGUACAACGAGGCGGUGCAUGCGUUCCGCGCGGAACACCCUGAGAAGGCAUGGGACCCCGCGGUGAAGGACGGGCUGUCGACGCAGUCCAGCACACUGAAGCUCGAGCUCCCGAAGUCCAACUGGGCGCUGCCUAUCGAGAAGCCGCCGUUCCUGGCGGUGAAGGUCACCUGCGGCAUCACGUUCACGUUUGGCGGGCUCGCUAUCGACCCCGACACCGCCCGAGUGCUGUCUGACGCGACGGGGAAGCCGAUACGGGGGCUCUUCUGUGCUGGGGAGCUCGUUGGCGGGCUGUUCUAUGGUAACUACCCAGGUGGAAGUGGGUUGACUGGCGGAGCGGUGUUUGGGAGGAAGGCCGGCGAGGGGGCGGCGAAGUUGAUGAGUGCUGCUUGAGGAAGUCAUUGUGCUCGAUGUGUUACCCACUGUAUGCUAUACCAUUUUCCUCGACCGACCUUAGGGUUUGUAUGAGUAGUCGGAAGCAGUAAACUUGUCAUAGCCACCGUACUAUAAUGCACGGGAGACCAC